AUGGCUCGGGCAUUUGCUGUUGCGCUGGAUGACAAUGGAGUAUUUGUUUGUGGUGAUUCCUCGAAUAAGCCCCGUAGACGCCGUGGAGGUGUAAGCGGUGUCUGUGUCGGAGGUGACAGUGGCUGUGUCGGAGGUGGCAGUGGCUUUGUCGGAGGUAGCAGUGGCUGUGGUGGCCGCAGUGGCUGUGGUGGUGGUGGUGGUGGUGGUGGAGGCAGCGGUGGCUGUGGUGGCGGUGGUGGUGGUGGCAAUGGCGGUGGCGGUUGUUGA